AAAGUACCAUUCAUUUGCAUGGCUAGAUUUUCCUAUAAAUAAGUUGUAUCUUCCCUGAGUGAUUUCUUGACGUUUGAUACAUGUAUGAAGUAGAACACCAACAAUGGCGAACCAAAGAGGGAUUUUCUACUUUGUAUAUGCUUUAGUGCUUGUUUCUUCCCUACUGUUGAAGUGCCAAUGCGAAGAGAGAAAGAUCUACAUUGUGUAUUUGGGAGAAUUGCCUCGUGGUGGUGAUGGAGAUCAUGAUGGCACUCUAGCAUCAUCAUUGGCAUCCACACAGCACCAUUCAAUUCUCAAUAACGUGCUGGGAAGUGCUUCCCUACCACGUGAAUUACUGGUGCAUCAAUACACUAGAAGUUUCAAUGGAUUUGCUGCAAGAUUAACCACAGAAGAAGCUCAAAAAAUAUCGAGAAUGGAGGGAGUGGUAUCCGUGAUUCCAAACCAGGUCUACCAUAUCCAAACCACCCGAUCUUGGGAGUUCAUGGGAUUUGAUGCCAAUUUUCUCAUCAAUCAUAACCCUUCUCUUUCUCACCAUGGUGACGUGAUUGUUGGAAUCUUGGAUAGUGGUAUCUGGCCUGAACAUGAGAGCUUUGGUGACCAAGGGGUUGGUCCUGUCCCAGCUAGGUGGAAAGGGAGCUGUGAUGGUUUAAACUUCACUUGCAACAAAAAACUCAUAGGAGCCCGUGCUUACAGCUCUGAAAUGAUGAACUCAACAACACCAUUAUCAGCAAGAGACGACGUAGGCCACGGCACGCAUACUUCCGCGACGGUUGCCGGCCGGGAAAUCGCAAACGCCAGCUAUUACGGUAUCGCGAAAGGCGUCGCCCGGGGAGGAUUUCCUAACGCCAGGAUCGCAAUGUACAAAAUAUGCUCGAGUAAUGGUUGUGAUACCGCGGGCGCGCUCAAGGCAUUCGACGACGCCAUCGCCGAUGGCGUCGACAUCAUCUCUAUGUCUAUAAGCGGAGAUGAUCCGUACCAGUAUUUCAACGACGCUCUCGCAAUCGGAUCAUUCCAUGCCAUGAAAAACGGCGUCUUGACAUCCAGCGCGGCCGGAAACGCCGGCCCGUCUCGAGCCUCAGUUACAAAUAAUGCACCCUGGUUGCUAACCGUGGCCGCCAGCACUAUUGACCGCGGUUUCAACACUCGGGUUAUGCUUGGAAAUGGACGAUUUGUCAAUGGAGAUUCAUUCAAUGGCUUUAAGGGGGAAACUUACCCUUUAGUAUAUGGAGGAGAUAUAGCAAAUUAUACAGGAGGCCAGGAUCCAUAUGAAGCACGAUGGUGCCUAACUGGUAUCCUGGAUGCUACAAAACUCCCCGGGAAGAUCAUCUUAUGUUAUCCUUACGCCCCUGAUCUUGUCGACCUUCCAAGAUAUCUUCUGCAUCAUCAUGCUGAGGGGGUCAUCGUUGUUCCUACACCAACUCCUUAUCCACUAACUAAACCUGAACUGAUUAAAUUCCCUUUACCAGCAACAACCAUUACAGAUGAAGAUAGUCGCAUAAUUCUAGAUUACAUCAGAAGUACAGAAAAUCCAUUUGCAACUAUCUUAAGAACAGAUGAAUAUAAAGACCUUACAGCUCCAACUGUGGCUGAUUUCUCUUCAAGAGGACCUAAUCCUAUUUCUCCGGACAUCCUUAAGCCUGAUAUUACCGCCCCCGGAGUGGACAUCCUUGCGGCCUGGCCUCCAAAUAUACCAACAUCUACCGUCAACGAUUACGAACAAAGAUUCAACUACAACAUAGCUUCUGGAACCUCCAUGUCCUGCCCUCAUGCUACUGCUGCUGCUGCUUAUGUCAAGGCUGUCCAUCCUGAUUGGUCACCUGCCGCCAUUAAAUCUGCCCUCAUGACAACAUCAUUCCGAGUGGAUCCGAGAAAGCAUGCUGAACGUGAAUUCGCUUACGGAGCUGGUCAUAUCAACCCUGUGGCAGCGGCGGAUCCAGGACUUGUGUUUGAUGCUAACGAGACAGAUUACAUCCAGUUCCUUUGCAAGCAGCACGAAUACAACAACACUAGAUUGAAAGCUGUUACCGGCGACAACUCUACUUGUAACAAUGUUGCUGCAGCUGGAAGAGGUUGGGAUCUUAACUACCCAUCUUUCUCCCUGUCGUUACUAGAUGACCAGGAAAUCAAUGCUACCUUCACCAGAACCGUGACAAAUGUUGGCAAGAAGCCUUCAACUUACAAAGCUAGCAUCCAAGGUGUUGAUUCAUCAACCCAGUUCAAGGUUAAAGUGGAGCCAUCAACCCUUGAUUUCUCCACUGUUGGGGAGAAGAAAUCAUUCAGAGUUGAAGUCACCGGGCCGAAGAUUCGACAGCAACCGAUAAUGUCCGUUCAGAUAGUGUGGAAAGAUGGCCUUCAUGAAGUGAGGACACCGGUGGUGGUGUACAAUUACAUCCCUGGAACUCCACGUCGUGUGCACUUUGGUUGAUUGACUGUUUGGUGGCUCUAAAGCACAGUGGUAGAUUAUAUUUACUUCUUAUUUCGGCUGAUCUUUUGUAGGGUUAAGUGCCUGUUUGAUCAUACCACUUGCUUAAAAUUAUUUUAUUUAAUAGUACUUUUUCAUUUUCACAUUCUUUGAUAACAAAAAAUAAAACUUUUAAUAAAUUAAGUAGUACUGAAACUGUAGUACAAAAAUGAAGAAUAAAGUUAGUUUAUUGUCCAAUACAAAAUAUAAAUAAAAAAAAGGUCUUAUUUCGCUUAUUUAGUACUCUCUCCGGUCCUUAUUAUAAGACAUUUUGAGACAUUUUGAUUUCGUCCUAGGUUU